AGAGUGCAGGAGGGAGGAGGAGCAGAGACAAGGCUAGAAGGGUGUGUUUUUGUAUCACUGCAGCAUCCAUUCAAAGCAGGAAAAAGACCCACUUAGACACAAACAGACAUAAGACAGAACAGACCGCUGGUAUAGGAGGCCUAAUAACCCCAACCCAGAGCAGAGGAGAGGCUGAGACCACCAUCACCUGCUGAGUGUCUGAGGAGGGUUGUGGUUGAGGCCCAUGGACCUGUGAGAGAUGUGUUUAUCACUACAGUUGGACAGGAGGGGGCGCAGCUGCCCUGCACUCCUCCUCCUCCUCCUCCUCUUAUCCUGCCCUCCACCCACCCAGGGAGCCAUCAGCAUCCCCAAAGACUACAAAGUGCAGAACAUGAUGCAGCCCCCAGUGCUGACAGAGCUACCAGAGUCCUACACAGCCUUCACUGUAGAGGACAUCAGCCUGGCCUGUGAGGCCACUGGUAUCCCCACACCCAGGUUUCGCUGGGUGAAGGAUGGGGAGUUGCUAUUGGAGGACCAGAGUUCCGGAACAUUCACAGCUAACGGACAGGAACCACUGAGUGGUUACCAAGGCAACUACCGUUGCUAUGCAUCCAACACACUGGGCACAGCCAUGACACACACUGUACAGCUCAUCACAGAAGCCACUCCAACUCUCCCCAAGCAGAGGAGAGGGCAUAAGACGGCAACAGAAGGAUCCAGCAUCAUCCUGCACUGCAACCCUCCACACAGCUCCACCCCUCCACGUAUACACUGGAUGGACCGCAAGCUGAACCACAUAGGGCAGAGUGAGCGUGUGACCAUGGGGGUGGAUGGAAACCUGUACUUCGCCAACCUGUUGAGGGACGACAGCAGAGACGACUACACCUGCAACGCCCACUAUAUAGGAGCCAGGACAAUCCUGCCCAAGGAACCCAUCUCUCUCUUGGUCACCCACAGUAAUGAGGUACUGGGCAGCAGAAAGCCCCACCUACUGCGUCCGACUAGCCAGCACAGCUCCCGGAUGGCCCUCAGGGGCCACAGUCUGCUUCUAGAGUGCAUCCCUCAAGGCCUGCCCACCCCUAUGGUGCAGUGGAGGAAGAAGGACGGAGAUCUGGCAGAUACGGGUGGCCGGGAGGAGAACUAUGGCCGCUGGCUUCGGUUUGACAGCUUAACACAGGAGGACGACGGGGAGUAUGAGUGUGUCUGCAGCAACACUGCUGGCUCAGAAAAACACUCCUACACCGUCACUGUGGAGGCGGCCCCCUACUGGGUGAAGCAGCCCCAGAGCCUGCAGUAUUCCCCAGGAGAGACGGUGCGUCUAGAUUGCCAGGCCGAGGGCAUCCCCACCCCCAACAUCACCUGGAGCAUCAACGGAGUCCCCAUCACAGCUGUGGACCUGGAGCCCCGGAGGCGAGUGUCAGGGGGGGUUUUGAUCCUGAGAGAUGUGGAGUACGCUGACACAGCCAUCUACCAGUGUGAAGCCUCCAACACACACGGCAGCAUCAUCAUCAACACCUACAUCUACGUCAUAGAGCUACCCCCCCAGGUCUUGUCAUCAGACGGAGUGGUGUACUUGGUCACUGAAGGGGGACAGAUCAGCCUGCACUGUGACACCUUCGGAUCCCCCAGGCCCCACAUCUCCUGGGAGAGUGAAGGAAUGGAUCUGCUUUUGUCUGACCCUCGAGUUUCCCUGUUGACCAAUGGAACCCUGGAGCUGACCAACGCCAGUAGAGAAGAUGCAGGAACGUACACCUGCUCUCUCACACACACCAACAUCAGCAUCACUGCUCACCUGGAGGUCCUCAACCGUACAGUCAUGCUGAUAGGUCCUCAGAGUGAACGGGUCAUCAGAGGGAAUGAGUGCUCAUUGGACUGUCUGUUCUACAAGGAUCCUCAGCUGACCGAUAUCCAGGUGGUCUGGAGGAAAGAUGGACGCAAGAUCAUGGAGACAGACAAGUACACUACCUUUGAGAACGGAACCCUGAGAGUCAGAAGCGUCCAAUCAGAGGAUGGGGGGCUGUACUCCUGUGAGGUCAUCACCAGGCUGGACAAAGUAGAAGCUAGAGGCUCUAUCACUGUCGUGGCUCCUCCGGAUCCCCCCAGAGCCCUCUCUCUGUCUGAGCUGCAGAACAGCACUGUUACUCUCAGCUGGACACCUGGACACACUCACAACAGCCCUACCACAGAGUUUGUGGUGGAGGUGAGGGAGGAGCAGUACUCUGACGAGGGGAGGUGGGAGGAGAAGGCCCGGGUCUCUGGAGAUGUCGGCCACCUGGAGCUGCGUGUCCUCCCCUACUCCACCUACCGCUUCCGGGUCACAGGGGUCAACGAGCUGGGCAGAAGUGUCCCCAGCGAGCCCUCCGACUCCUACAGCACUUCACCUGCUGUUCCAGGCAGAAACCCAGCUAAAGUGCGUAGUGAGUCCACCGACCCCGGGACUCUGCUCAUCAUGUGGGAUGAGAUGCCCCCCCGUGAGUAUAACGGUCCAGGGUUCCAGUACAAGGUGUCAUGGCGACAGGCAGGGGGGCGUGUCCUCCACUGGAGCCAUGCCUACACACCCCGCCCUCCCAUGCUGGUGAACGACAGCGGCGUGUACACUCCCUGGGAGAUCAAGGUCCAGGCCGUCAACUCUCUGGGGGAGGCCAGAGUGCUCGCCAGUGCUCACAUGGGCCACUCUGGAGAGGACCUCCCCCAGGGCUUCCCCGCAGGGCUGAAGGUGAAGGUGCAGAACAGCACAGCCCGGGUGAGGUGGGAGGUCAUGUCCAGGGAGCAGACCUGCGGCCUGUUGACAGGAUACCGAAUCUACCUGACCUGGAUCAAGCAUGGCCGCCAUCGCCGCGCUCUGGAGCGCCGGGAGGGAGUGGGGGGAGGGCAGGAGAUGGUGUUGGAGGACAGGAGGGUUUUGGAGGUCAACGCGUCCAAGACAGAGGAAGACAUCCCAGGCCUGAAGCUCUAUUCGCUCUAUGAGCUGUCAAUUACAGUUGUUAACAGCAAAGGGGAGGGGCCUCACUCUCCAACACAGUCUUUCAACACACCAGAGGGAGCUCCAGGCCCCCCCUCCUCUCUCAGGUUUGAGAGCCCCUCAGACACAGAGCUCAGUCUGCACUGGCGUCCUCCUCUCCAGCCCAACGGGGUCCUGACUGGCUACCUGCUGGAGUACCACCCCUUGGAGAGUCAGGAGAGCCCCCAGCAGAUGGAGUUUUUUGACGACCCCUCAGUGACCCACUUCCUGUUGAAGGGGCUAGACCCCCACCGCCACUACCUGUUUUCUGUGUUUGCCCGCACGGCUGCCGGCCGUGGACUCCCCCUGCAGUUGGAGGGCGCCACCUUGCUGGAUGGAGCCCCUCCAUCCAAUAUCAGCAUGGUAGCGGGAGACACCAGUGUGAACCUGAGCUGGGUCCCUGGAGACCGACAACGCAACCACGCCUUCCACUUCCUCUACCUCCGCAAGACAGCCUGGGGUGAGUGGGAGGAAUCAGAACAGGUGAACUCAACGCAGGGAUCCUAUUUGCUGACGGGCCUCCAGCCUGGGACCCAGUACCGCCUCCUCAUCACCCAUGACAACCACACCCAUUGGGAGGAUGAGAUACAGACUGCUGGACCAGAGCUGUCGGAGGUGUUGGAGGGCUUCGCCACGCAGGGCUGGUUCAUCGGCCUGAUCAGCGCCCUGGUGCUGCUGGUCCUGCUGCUGCUGGUUCUCUGCUUCAUCAAGCGCAGCAGGGGAGGCAAAUACGCAGUGAAAGAUAAGGAGGAGGGGCAGGUGGACUCUGAAGCACGACCAAUGAAAGACGAGACGUUUGGGGAAUACAGAUCCCUGGAGAGUGACGUGGAUGAGAAGCGCUCGGCCAGUCCCUCGCUGGGCGCAGACAGCAAGCUGCCCAGCGACGACUCCCUGGCCGAGUACGGAGACAGCGUGGACAUCCAGUUCAACGAGGAUGGCUCUUUCAUUGGCCAGUACAGCGGAAGAGGACCUGUUCCCCACGGCAAUGAGAGUUCUGGCCCCGCCUCCCCUGAGAAUCCGGCUCCUCCCCCUCCUCUGGCUCCCUCCCUCUCCGCCAUACUUAAUAUGCCCAGUUAGAUACACGCUCACACAUUCACACACACACAUUCACACAUACACUGACUAACACAGACACAAACACUCACUCUCUUACACACACACUUAAAUACACCAUACUGCCUGGAUCAAGACAGUAAGGAACUGACUAGUCUUACCCUGACUCAACUGCCUUUGACGCCAAAACACACAGACACACACAGACACACACACUGAUGCAUCAACACACCCCAGAAGUCCAGUGCAUUUCACAGGUGUAUGUGAAGUUGUUUACAUUUUGUCUUGCCUUCUCUCCAAUUUUACGUCAUACACAUGAUAGACCAACACACACACACAUACACACUGGCAAACCCCCUCUCAGUUCUAGUCAUGAGCACUGUCCUAGAGCUGUGUCAUGCCCUGGAGAUAGAGGGAGGAGAGGAAGGAGAGAGAGCGAGAGGGGGUAAGAGGAUGGAUGGAGGGAGAGAGAGGAUGGAGGGAGAGAGAGGAUGGAGGGAGAGAGAAUGGAGAGAGAGAGAGGAUAGAGAGAGGAUGAGAGAGAGAGGAUGGAGAGAGAGAGCAGUAAGUAAGUAAGUAAGUAAGACUUUAUUUAUAUAGCACAUUUCAUACAAGAAUUGUAGCUCAAGGUGCUUUACAUAAAAUCAAUAAAAACAAUAAUACAAGUGAUAAACAAUUCAAACAAAAUUAAAAAUCCCAAUAAGAUCUCUGUUCAAGAGAGAAAACAACUUUAAACAUGCAUCCUAAAAGUAACAUAUACAUUUGGUUCACCCCUGGUCUGUAUAUAUAAAACAGUGACAAACUUAACAUCUUAGAGACCAUGUCAUUGAUGCUUUUUGGGACCAAUAUUAAUUUACCAUGAAUUCAAUUUUCCAUACAUUUUUACACGUGCUUUAUCAUUUGUCUUGUGUCUUCAGUCUUUUCCUGUGUCUUUGCUAGUGUGUGAGAAUGUGUUUGGAAUGACUUACUGUGAGCUGUGUGUGUGGCAGUAGCUUCCUAUACCUAAGAUGCAUGUUCUCAGAGGCGCGUGUGUGUGAGUGCAUGCAUGCUCUCAAUCUCAAACCCAGACAUACAGUGAUGAGAGAUAUGCCUUAAGAGAGUUUGGCCUCCUUGUCACUCUGUUUUCAUCCCUCCACCCAUCCAUCCAUCCAUCCAUCUACCCAUCUACCCAUCCAUCCAUCCAUUCUCCCAACGCCCACACACACAAAUAAAAGCACCUCCAUAUACAUUUGACACUCACACAUAUGCAAACACACUGUUUGAAGCCUACUUCAACAAAUCCAGGAGCCAUCUGUAGCUAAACUGGCUCCUAUGAAGGAGAGAGGGAGGGAGAGAGAGAGGUGCAGGGAGAGGUAGGAGGAAGAAGAGGGGGAGAAAGGAAAAGAGGGGGAGGAGGGAGGGAGAGGAGGGAGGUACAGGUAGACUGAGGUUAAGAGGAGAAGAGAAGCGGAAGUUAAUUCUCUGAAUGUACAUAGAACCUUAACGAUUGUCAUUUUUUCCUCAAUUGCUUUUGACUAAAACUGAACUGUGUUCUUUUUGAUCCCCUAGUUUUAGUAGCUUAUCAGAUGCUUGCAGUCCUGUGGGGCUGGCUAGCAACCCAGAGGAAGACCUGCUCACCAUCUGUUGCUUUAGCGCUAGAGAAUUAGCAGAAAAUAUUGAACAAUACACAACAUCCUCAUAACAGCCGUGACCAGAAACGAUGGGGGGAGGAGGAGGAGGGGUCUCCUCUAUGCUGUCCCAGCCUGGCUGGUUUUCAUUAUGUCUGUCUCUGCCUGUCUGGGUGGCUGACUGUCUGCCUGCCUGUCUGUCUGUCUGAAUGGUUAUGUCUAUCUGCCUGUUGAAGCCUUUUCUUAAUAUAAACACUCAAAAAAGAUCUACAUAAAAUCUUGGGUUAUAAAUAAUAGCAAAAAGCAGAAAUAUGAGAGGUCAGUUCUACCCUGUGGCCCUAGGAGCAGGGAGAUCUGCGGUACUUUGGGAGUGUGUGUGUGUUUAGGACGAGGUUGGGUUCGGAGACACACACACACACAGGAUGUUGCAGUGUUUAGGUAUACUGAUAUUGUACCUGCUUGUUGCAUCGUGCGCUGUAUCUAACCUGUAAUAAACACAUUACAUAUCCUCACC